UUCAGUGCUAAAAUGCUCAACAGCACACAAGAAGUCCUUCAACCUGGAAGUAAUGAAUCAUUAUUCAACAAGACUGAGAACAUCCAGUGUUAUCAUGCUGAAUUCUGGAAUUGGUUCAACGUAAUCCAGGCCCCCUUCCUCUGGAUCAUCUUUGUGUUGGUCAUAGUUGAAAACGUGUUCGUUCUCAGUGUCUUCUGUUUGCACAAAAGCAGUUGCACGGUGCCUGAGAUUUACCUGGGAAACUUAGCCGCUGCUGACCUCAUUUUGGGUUUUUGCCUCUCUUUCUGGGCUGUUGCCAUCACCAACAACUACCACUGGCCAUUCGGGGAGGUGCUUUGUAAAGUGGUGAACUCCUUUGUGUACAUGAACUUGUAUUGCAGCAUUUUUUUCUUGAUGUUGGUCAGUAUUGAUCGCUACCUGGCUCUGGUGAAAACCAUGUCUGUGGGUCGAAUGCGUGGGACCCGCUACGCCAAAUGCUACAGCUUCAUCAUAUGGUUUUUCACAAUGCUAGUGAGCUCUCCGAUGGUGGCUUUCCGUGCCCUAAAGGACUAUGAUGAGGAAGGCCACAACGUCACUGUUUGUCUCUUAGUCUAUCCAUCCCUCAAUUGGGCAAUCUUCACCAAUAUUCUCCUGAACAUUGUAGGCUUUGCACUGCCCCUGUGCAUCAUCUGUUUCUGCUCUGUGAAAAUCAUCCGUGUUCUGCAGAACAAUGAAAUGCAAAAGUUCAAGGAGAUUCAGACAGAGAAGAAGGCUGCCAUCCUUGUCCAGGUGGUCCUUCUGCUCUUCAUCAUCUGCUGGCUCCCUUUCCAGGUUAGCACAUUGAUGGAUACCCUCUUUCGACUAGACCUUAUCUCAGGUUGUCAGGCUGAAAUUAUUAUCGAUGUGUUUACACAGAUAGGAACAUAUAUUGGUUAUAGUAACAGCUUCCUGAACCCUCUGGUAUAUGUUUUUGUGGGGAAAAGAUUCCGGAAGAAAUCCAAGGAGGUCUACAAGGAAUGGUUCAAGAUUGGGUGGUGUCAAUCAGACUCAAUCCAAACACAAAAUUCAAUGAGCACUUUGAGGACCUCCAUAUCAAUGGACCGGCAGAUAAACAAACUGCAUAGGUAUCGGGAGGGUAGUCAAUAAUUUGUUCUAUUUUAUUUUUAAAAGACUGUAAAACUAUGGCCUCAGAGCCAUUCUCAAUAUGUACCAGCUACAGUUGGGGUCAGGCCACACCAAGGGCCAGUAGAAAAGCUUUCACUUUUCUGGAGAUGCAGAGCAGUGAAGAGAGGGGAGUAGCAACUGUUCACCUAACUUU